ACUGGACUGAGGUAAAUGUGUACACGGCGCCGCAGCAGUUCGACCAACACAGGUCGAGAAGGAAGUUCUUAAAAUUCAGCUUCAUGGAUUCGCACAAUGCGCCUCGAUCUGGUAUCCUCUGCAUGAUACUUUGGAGGCUAAGCGCUAAGCCAUCACCGUGAAGGCUAUCGUUGGCCGAGCCUGACGGAAGCAGAUCGCUCAGAGUAUUUGAGUCAAUGAUCAGACGUUUUCCAGCGGAUUGCGGGUUUCUUGACUACCACCACCUCCCUCACGCUUCGUCAUGUCGGCCUCCACGUCUACAUCCACUCUCAGCGCGGCUCUUACCCUAAAGGCGCAGCAGGCGCGGGAGUACAUGCAGCAGCUCGUACGCGUGGCGAAGGAGGACCCGGACGCGCGGGACCUGCAACCAGUGAAGUGGGAGGAAUUCGUUACGCUCAUGGAUCAACUGGGCUUUGACUACGAUCCUGCCACGCCUGGAACCAGUGUGCGCUUCAUCCCUCGGAACCAGCGCGACCAGCCUGUUAUAUCUCACAAGCCGCACCCCGAUCCGACGAUUCAUCCCAUGAUGCUGAGGGAAAUGUUGAAAAAGUUGAUACGCCUUUACGGGUGGGCCGACGAAUCCGAAGCUGUUGGCGCUGGCGAGGGCGCGACAAACUAAUGCUCGCUCACGACCGACAGUCGUAUGCUUUUUAUCGCCUCAUAGCUCACUCAACGACACUUUGUACAGUGUGCGCUUCGCAUAUAAUAUAUGGGAGGUUUUCUGUGCACUGCGUGCCAAGGCGUGACGGUUCGUGUUCGACUGUCAGGUGACCUUGACAGAUUCGC